AGCGAGAAGCGGGCGGAGCCGUACCGGGCUUGGUCCGCGCCCGCCACUCGGCGGCCUUUUCUUCCGCUCCCGCCCUGAGGUACUCCCAGGCGGCUGCACUGGCUCCGAGGAGUAGCUACAAGAGGAGCUCCGCCGCGGGAACAAGCCUGGAGGCAAACCUGCAGGAGGCAAUGUUUGAAUAACUCUAAGAAGACCAGACAGUGAAAAUGUCAGCCCUCAAUUGGAAGCCCUUUGUGUAUGGAGGGCUGGCCUCCAUCACAGCAGAAUGUGGCACAUUUCCAAUUGAUUUAACUAAGACUCGGCUUCAGAUUCAAGGCCAGACCAAUGAUGCCAACUUCCGAGAGAUCAGGUACCGAGGAAUGUUGCACGCGCUGAUGAGGAUAGGUCGAGAAGAAGGCCUGAGGGCACUGUAUUCAGGGAUUGCACCUGCAAUGCUGCGCCAGGCUUCCUAUGGGACCAUCAAGAUUGGCACUUACCAGAGCUUGAAGCGAUUAGCCGUGGAACGCCCAGAAGAUGAAACCCUGCUGAUCAAUGUUGUGUGUGGGAUUCUGUCUGGAGUCAUAUCUUCAGCUAUUGCUAAUCCGACGGAUGUUUUGAAAAUCCGAAUGCAAGCACAGAACAGCGCUGUUCAAGGAGGAAUGAUAGGCAACUUCAUUAGCAUUUACCAGCAGGAAGGGACAAGAGGCCUGUGGAAGGGUGUGUCCCUCACAGCCCAGAGAGCAGCCAUUGUCGUCGGUGUGGAGCUUCCAGUCUAUGACAUCACCAAGAAGCACCUGAUACUCUCAGGCCUGAUGGGGGACACUGUCUCAACGCAUUUUCUCUCAAGCUUCACCUGUGGCCUGGUGGGGGCCUUGGCCUCAAACCCAGUUGAUGUGGUGAGAACCCGCAUGAUGAAUCAGAGAGUCCUUCGGGAUGGCAGAUGCUCGGGCUAUAAGGGUACCUUGGAUUGUCUAUUGCAGACAUGGAAGAAUGAAGGGUUUUUUGCUCUAUAUAAAGGAUUUUGGCCAAAUUGGUUGCGCCUUGGUCCUUGGAAUAUUAUUUUCUUUUUGACUUACGAACAGCUGAAGAAACUGGACUUGUGACCACACGUCACUGUUCUGACAAACUGACUUCCACGAUGGUCCUGUGCUUCUGGCUGCUUCUCAAUGCACAGCUCAUCACAGCUUCUGGGAUGGGAGCAAUGGAUGAGUGGGUUCUUCAGAUUGCCAUGCGUUGGCACUGGAUGCUUUUCAUCUAUGUUCAGAGCCUGGAGCAUAGUAACAUCCACUCACUGUUGGUUUCCAUUGAAGUGCCCUUUGACAUCCUACAUAAUUGAUGUACAUAAUACAUCUUUCUUGCUGUAGAAAACCUGCAAGGAAAUCAAAAUCGUGUGCUGCUGCUUUCUUCCUGGAGAGCAGCCUCACUGCCUCUGGGCUUCCAGCUGUGAACAUCUGCAUCAGAGUGAAGGCUCCUGGAGUGGUGGAGUGAUGUUAUCCCUCUACCAUUCAGCUUUAAUUUCCUGUCAGCUGAAGAGAUUUUACAUUUGAACUUUUAUCCCCUAGACCCAGACAGUUGUAGGAAGUACAUCUUUAGCAUAUUACACUGCUUUAUAGUUCCUGUUUGGGCAGAAUCUUUCACUUACAUUAAGUAAGACUCGGCCUUUGUGAGGUGACUUUAACCAUUUGCCCUAUGAUUUUUUUUUUUUUUUAAAGCAAAGUUUAUUAUUUCCAUACCGAUCAAAUGGGGAUAAUCAUGCUUUGUGAAGUAGGGGUUAAAUGAAGGGAAACCGGCAGAGACUGCUGUGUGAAGGAUGAGUGUGUUUACAUCUGUCAGGAAACAGUUGACUACUAUAGGGCUCUCCUGGUCCUGGGGACCAAAAGCCUUUGUUAAAUAAAGAACCCUGCAGGUGAAGUCUCUUUUACUAGUAAAUUCAAGAGGUGAAGCUUCAGCGUUUUAGUCUUUACUUUUAUAUUGAAGUGAGUUUGUUAAAAACAAACAAACAAACAAACCCUUUAUCAGAGAUUUUCCUUGUUAAUUUCCUUGAAAUUUAGAAAAAAAAAAAGAUUUAUUUUCUUCCUUUCUCUUUUCAUUUUUGCGUUAUUGGGAAUCAAACCCUUGUGCAUUCUGGGUGUCUUCCCCACACUGAGCUCCACUCCAGCCCAAGCUGAUGGCCCGAGUGCCUCUGUUUAUCUCCAUUCUCAUAAGAGCUGUAUAAUGUCCUCUACCUAUUUUUCUUUCUUCUGAGGCUGUGAUAAAUCCUCUUACCCUUUUCAAAGCAAACGCUGUCUCUAAGAGCCAACAGCUGUCUAGAAGGGAUCCCAGUGCCUUCAGGAGAGCCCUGUGGAAGCCUCAUUAGAACUAAGGAGGCUCUAGCAGGUGCAAUGUCCAGUGCACUCCCGAGGGCCCCUUUCUCCUUGAAGCAGAAGCAUGCAGGUUUUCUCUGAGGGCUGGCCGCUUUUUCUUCCACACCUUUUCAACCUGGCUUUUUAAAUGAAUGGCUCCUUUGAAAAGCAGUUUGUGAAGCAGAAUUUUGUUUCUAAAAGUAAAAGGUAAGACAAACCCUCACAGAGCAGAGUCAUUGGUGGCUUAAAGACAACUCCUUCGCAUGCCAUUAGAUGGCGGUACAGGAUCCGAGCUGCUGUUGGCCUGGCUCCUAGCAUUAUGAGUUAGAGACUUUUUUUACUCUGACCUGAACAUUCCGUUGAAGUGAUAGACUCCAGAGGCUUUCUCUCCAGUUGAAAGGAUUGACUUUUUUUUCAAACCACUUUUUAACAUAUUAAAAAUAACUUUUAAAAAUUAAAUUCGUAUCUUCAUCCUUUCUUCUUUCUUUCAUCUUUCUGUAUUUCAUCAUUCUGUAUUACUUUCUAAUUUUUUUUCUCCAAUUUUCCAAGACAGAAUUUGUCUGUGUAGUGCUGGCUCUCACUCUGCAGACCAUGCCGACCUCCCGCUCAGAGAUCUUCCUGCCUCUGCUUCCUGAAUGUUGGAAUUAAAAGUGUGCACCGCCACCAACUGACCAAAACAAUCAAACGAAAUCCAAAACAACAAUAACAACAAAACCACUUUAUUUUUUUCAGUGUGAAGGUAAUUUUGAAGGUAAAGUACAAAAAGGUCCAUCUUGAAGAUCAUGUGAAGAGUGGCUGCCAGUAUUAUCAAUUUAUUUAAAUUAUGUUUUCGUCUAUACUUGGAUGAAAAGAAACCUACACUUAACUGUAAAAUUUCAGCAUGUUUCAAGGCAAAUUUGCAGUAUUUUAAAACAAGGGUAGUGUCAAUUUAUUAAGUGCCUUACAGGACAGGGUCUUAACCUGCCUCCUCUCUGGAGUUAAUGUGGUUGUUGACGUUUCUAACGCAGAGACAACUGAAAGCACUUGGUGAUGUGGGUGUGGCUGUAACCCCUCACCACCUGUCAUUUUCCUCAAGUAUGGUGAAAAAACUACUUCAAUUUUUUUUUUUUUUAGCUAAGUCAAAGGAAAUUGUGUUUGUGUUGUUAUUGGUCUGUAAUGUAAAAAAAAUGGCUCCUGUUCUCCAUAUUUAUUCGUGAGCUAUAAAGUUGUAUGUAUUAUGUAGAGCAUACAUUUCCCACAAGCUUUUCUAUUUCAAGCUCUUUAUACGUUGUUGGACUGUGUGGCAUAAACCUUGUUUCAUUAUUUAAUAAACUGAAAUAAUAUAUGA